AUGUCGUGGCUUGAUGAACUGCACGAUUCGCUCUUGAGCGCAGUGCGGGCGGCAGGUCAUCGAACGCUGGCAAUGCCCACGCUCUGCACUGGAGGUAUCGGAAUCCCUGUGCAAUUUGUGGGCGUGGCUGUGGCCCGGAGUGUUUACCGUGACUUCCUUGCGCAUCCAACAGACCCUCUUCGCGUUCGAAUCUGCUGCUUCGAGCCCGGCCACCUUCAUAUGGUGCGGGCGAUCAAAGACGAGAUCGUCGACAACUUCUACCGCCCCGAGACUGCGGAGGAUCUCGUCACGCUUCUCCAGCGGUCCAGCCGUGAUGGCCGCCCACCGAGCCCCAACGAGGAGGACCCCACCUCGGAGGACGACCAGAUGAUGGCUCUGUGA